UGGAUGGGUGGGAUUUCUUUCCAGACUUCCAAGAUCCCCAGAUAUCAGGGGGGAUAUCAUCUGAGGGAUGCAAAGGGGGAGAGGAAAAGGAAGCUGGUAUGUCAAUCACACCAGCAAAUCACCAGCAGUGUUCAUGCUUUAAUCCAUUAAUGGGGGAUUUAUCUGUGAUCAUAAAAGCAGGUUAGUCAGCCUGGAAGUGUGUAGGUGGGAGGGGGAGAGAGAGCGUGGAGAGAGCAAGAGAGAGAGACAGAGGAAAAGAGGUAAAGAGAAUAAAUACACUGGUUGAAUUGCUGGGAAGCUUUAGGACCAAUAAUCAGGGAUCUCGGACGAACUGCUCCUGUGAACAUCCUGCUUUCUUUAGAAGGAGACUGUGGCUUGGUGCUGCUGAGAUACAUAUUCUUUUAAACCCUCCUCAUAGUUUGAUAGGCAUUCCCAAUGCUUUUUGUGCAUGUCUCUAAAAAGCGUUGACGUGGAAAGAAGCAGCAGCAGUAGCAGUAGCAGCAGCAGCAGAGAGGAAAAAACUGCAGCUCUUCUAAAAAUACUGAGGGCAUGCAGGAGUGUGAGCAGGCUGGGGAGGAGGAGGAGGGUGUGAGAGUGCCUCACACCAUGUUUUCUGGAUGCCAGCUGGGUGCAGUUUUGGAAAUGUUCCUCCUGUGAAUGGAGGCACCAUGAACAUUUGGGAAGUGAUCCUGGCUUUCUUGAUUGUGGUACUCAUCCUUGUCUCGCUGCUGUCCAACGUGCUGGUGCUGAUCUGCUUUCUGUACAGCGCAGAUAUCCGCAAGCAAGUCCCGGGAUUGUUUAUCCUCAACCUGACCUUCUGCAACUUGUUGAUGACUGUUUUGAACAUGCCCCUGACCCUGGCUGGGAUCAUUUACAAGAAGCCGCCUGGAGGAGACCAGCUCUGCCACAUCGUGGGUUUUCUAGAGACUUUCUUGACCACCAGCUCCAUGCUGAGCAUGGCAGCUCUAAGCAUAGACAGGUGGAUAGCGGUGGUGUUUCCUCUCAACUACCAUUCCAAGAUGCGUUACAGAGAUGCUGCUCUCAUACUGAGCUAUACAUGGUUGCAUUCUGUGUCUUUUCCUAUAGUGGCAACUUCUCUGUCUUGGGUGGGUUUCCAUCACCUUUAUGCCUCCUGCACCCUCUACAACAAGAAACUGGAGGACAGGACACAGUUUGUGGUUUUCACAGGGGUCUUUCAUUCUCUCAGCUUUCUCCUCUCCCUCGUAGUCUUGUGUUUCACAUAUCUAAAAGUGCUGAAGGUGGCACGCUUUCACUGUAAAAGGAUUGACGUGAUCACUAUGCAGACCCUCGUGCUGCUGGUGGACAUCCAUCCCAGUGUAAGAGAGCGAUGCCUAGAAGAACAGAAGAGGCGGAGACAGCGAGCAACCAAGAAGAUCAGUACAUUUAUUGGCACUUUUAUACUCUGUUUUGCACCAUAUGUAAUCACAAGACUGGUAGAAUUAUCAUCCAUAGUCCCCAUCAACGCACACUGGGGAGUUAUUUCCAAGUGUCUGGCUUAUAGCAAAGCUGUUUCAGAUCCCUUUGUGUACUCUUUGUUACGACACCAGUACAAGAAGACAUGGAAGGACAUAAUAAACAAGAUGCUGAAAAGGAGCUCAAUAAAUUCAUCAGCCCUCACAAGUGAAUCACAGAGUCGAAACAUUUUGCAAGCAACUGAUUGAAGAGCCGAGGUUAAACUAUUUAUUCAAUGUAGCCUAAUACUGGAACAGUCGGGGAACAAUAGCUGGUGCCAUUAGGAUGAUCAGCUGACAGUAUUUUGGAAAGCCUGCCUUUUAAAUCUUCAGCAACUUAGGUAACGAAUUGCAUAGCAAAGUUGGUUGCCUUUUAGUACUGAUAUCUUAAGUACUGAUAUUAUCUUGUUUGCAAAGAUCCCCACCAAUUUCACAAAAUGUGUGGAAAAGCAACAUUCUAACCUCAAGGGGGUUUAGAUAUGGAUAAUGAUAAAAUAUUGUGUUUACAUAUGUCCCC